UAGAUACAACCCUUGCUGUUACAGCAAGAGCCGUACCGCGAGGCCAACACCAACGCAACCAAGGGCAACACGGGACACAAGGCCGACGACGGGCACCAAGAACCCUGCGACGAUACGAUACGAUACGAUACGAUACGAUUCGAUACGACACGACACGACACGACACGACGGCCACCAUGGUAGCCGUCAACACCAAAAGAGCGGGCCGGAGCAACCACAAAGCCAAAGCCAAAGCCAAAGCCAACCCCGGCUCCUGUUCCCUCCCCCGGACGCCCUCCCCGGCCGAGAAAAGGUGGUGGUCCCUUUCCUUUUCCUCGGCGGCCGUUUGCCUGGCGGCACUGGCGCUGGUUGCUUCCGGGUGCCUUGCCCUCUCGAGGGGGAGCGUCCUCCGGCCGUUCUGGAACCUGCCGGAGAGGGAGGCCUGGCAUUCCAUGACCCACGACGAGCGGAGGGAGGCCCUGGGGUGCGGCGCCGAAGCAAAAACAAAAGCGGGAGCAAUUACCUCCCUUGCGAUCCAUCCCCCUUCCACCUGGGCCGGGAUGCGGGAGGCCUACGCCUCUGUCGUCGGGGAGGCCCUGUCGACCCUCGAACCGGAAGUGGCCUCUUUGUCUUUGUCUGCAACCGACACUGACACUGCGACUGACACUGCAACUGACACUGACACUGCGCCCCUGGAUCCAACAGACACCGCCUUUCGGGUCCCCUACGAGGUCCGCCUGUCCGAGGGAAGGGGGAGGGGGGUCUUUGCGGCCUCCUUUGUCCCGGCGGGGAGCCUCGUCUACGACUUUUCCCGGUCGGCGCAGUUCUUCAAGGGGGAGGACUUUGUGGAAAUCCUGAGGAUCCUCCGGCCCGACCUGGCCUGCGACGUCCUCAUGUGGAGCUACGUCCAGGCCUUUCCGGGGGGCCGGGACUCCAUCGUGACGGACCUCGAUCCGGGGAGCUUUUGCAACGGCGGCGGGAACGCUUCCUCCAACGGCAGUGCCGACGCCGGCGCCCCCAACCUGGGAUGGGUUGUUCCGGAAGGGGGGGGACACGAGGACAACGAAGACAAUGGCAACGAAGACGAAGACGACGAUGCCGACGACGACGAGUACGAGUACGAAAGACCCCCCGCAGAGCCCGUUCGGCUCGCCCACGCGGCAGCACUCUUCGGGGAGGGCACCGGGUUCGGACCGAGGGACGCGGUCAAGUCGGCGCCCUUUGUGGCACUCCGGGACAUCUCGGAGGGGGAGGAGUUCCUGUGCAGCUACGACGCCCUGGGAGACCUUUCCGAGGUGCUCGGCUGAGGAACUCCGAUGCCAUGCCAUGCCAGGCGAUGCAAAACACAAA